AAAACGUGAGAAAAGAAAGAAUAAGAAAUUUUAUGAACGAGAAACACAGCUUGCUCAAGAUCGAUAUUCAGAAAAUAAUAGUCGUGAGAAAGUGUAUGAAACUAAUGAACUGAAUAUCAAUAAUGAACAACUAAACCAAAAUACAGAUCAACAGGAUAAGCUUAGUGAAGCAGAAAGUAGCAUAACAACACGUAUCGAGCUACUCUCUGCUACUAAUAAAAUGGAUAAACUCAAACAUACACUUUGCCCUAUAUGCAAUGAGAAAUUUCUAUCCAUAGUGCUCGUUAUGGGAGAAUGUCGUCGAUGUUACAGUAAGAAAACCUUACUGAAAAAGUUUUCAGUUGAUAACAACAUAGAUCCGGGAGAGGUACCUGAAGAAUUACAAAACCUUACCGAUAUAGAAGAAAUGCUUAUCGCACAAGUCUUUCCCAAUGUGCAAGAGUUCACUACUCGUCUUCCUAGACACCUAUCGUCAUUAGAUGUAUUAGUUGUACGUCAUCUGUCUGCAAAUUCAGGAUUAUUUAGGGAUUUUAAUGUUCGGCGAGAUAAAGUAGCUUCAGCAUUGUAUUGGUUAAAAGCAAAUAAUAUUUACUAUGCUGACAUUACUAUUGAUAACGAGAUCCUUCAAUCAUUACCUACUGAUGGCACAAUCGAGGAUCAAAUUCCAGAUAAUGAAAUAAUUGCAGAAGAGUCAAAUAAUGAAAAUGAAGAUGAGAUAGAUGAUAUGAUUUCACGUACCUUCGUUCUGUUCCUUCCAUCAACUAGUCGUGAAGAAAUUGCUAUUAAUGAAACUCUUAAUCGUAUUCAAAAUGAGAAUCACCCUAUAGCCUGGCCACAUAUUAACGAUAAUCCUAUUAAUGAAUUCAGAACUCUAGGAUAUAUUGUGCGCACAUUCCUAAUGCUCUACUCAACAGGAUAUGCUGAUCUUCAAUCAGAAUGGAUUAGAGACAUCAACUCAGCAGAAUAUUUCAAGCAUCUACUACAAUACAAAGAUGGACAAUUUGCACAUCAUAAUCGUGAUGAACAACUUACUGUUCAAGAAAUCCAGGAGAUGAUUGCUCAAGGCGAUAAACAUAUUGCUGAUCGUAUUAUGCGAUAUGGCGAAGGUUUACAUAGAUCACAGCAGUUUUGGAUGGCACAGCAUUGUGAAUUGUCUGAUAUGAUUAAGCAAAUAGGUUCACGUAGGCUUAUGUUUUUUACAUUUAGUGCUGCUGAUUUGCACUGGCCAGAACUUCAUGACCUCAUGCCAUCUAACAAAAACUCUACAGAAGAUACUGAAAUGACCAGGUAUUAUCAUCAGAAUGUAAUAAAUAACUCUCACAUCAUUGCCUGGUUCUUUAAUAAACACUUUGAAACUUUCUUAAAUAAUGUGUUAAAACAUAAAUGGAAUUUAGAAGACUACUGGUAUCAAUUUGAAUGGCAGCAUCGCAGUAGUGUACAUGUGCAUGGGAUCGGAAAAAUACAGAAUACACCUGAAAUUAAAUGGAUGCGAAUAAAGGAAGAUGAAAAUGUGAUGGGAGAAGCAGUGAUGUACAUAGAUUUUUUAGUUACUACGAUUAAUCUAAGCCUCAAUACACCUAUUCCAGAUUGCCACCUGUGUAAAAAGCAACUCGGAGAGCUUAGAGAUGACUUGCAAGAUUAUACUGAGUUUAGUUACCCUAAAGAAAAUAGUGAUUAUACUAUUGUGCAUGAUGAUAGAAAUAGCCAACCUGAGCUCAGUUGGCAAGCAAAUGUAGACUUAAAGCCAAUUCUUAGUCUUCAUGCCGCUUUGCAAUAUAUCUCUAAGUAUGCAAGUAAAGUAGAACCACAAUCAGCAACAUUUUCUGAAAUAUUAAAUCAGAUCCUUCGAAAUAGCAACCCUGAUAAUCAAGUAAUAUCAUCAGUUCAGAGAUUAUUACUUCGUAGUGUUGCUGAACGUGACAUUUUUGCUCAGAAGACCUGCCAUCUACUCUUAGGGAUUCCUCUUUACCACUCAAAUGCUAGAAGAACAGUAAAAUCGUCUCUAAAAAUUUACUGGGAACGGCCUACAGAAUUUGAGAAUUUCUCAUUAUUCCAGCUUAAUUUAACACAUAAAUUUACUCAAAAUCAGUGGAAUAAAUGUAAACAAGAAAAUAUUGUGGAAUUUUGUCGAGUAAAAGUUCUUCUCCAUAUUCGGCAUAAAAAUAUUGAGCAACUAACUGAAAACGGCACUGUUGAGUGGUCAACCUUAUUUACCCGUUAUUAUGAAGAAAUUAACGUGAAUAGAAAUGACAUACUUGGACCACCAGUAGAUAAUGAAGAUGAAACUACUGAUGACGAAAAUCAGAUGGAGGAAAUUGAAGACGAUGAACAGGAAGAAUGCCAAAAUGAUUGGAUGUUGCUAGCAGAGAUGGGUCCAAAUGCAGUUAUAGAUAGUUCUUGUGAUCUGGGGACCCGUGAUAUAGAUCGGAAUCAUAGAUGGGUUGAUGAUGCUAGACAAUGCUAUUCCGAUACUGAUCUUGCAAAUAUUGAUAAUUUCAUAAGCCAAGCCUCUAGUAAUAAUCAAAUAAAUGAUGAGAAUUUAAAUUCUGUUAUUAUAGCAGGAACUGAGUCUAUGUCACCAGUACUCGUACUUGCACUGACAGGUGUUGCAGCCUUCAAUAUUAAUAGUAGAACGAUUCACUCUGCACUCUCAAUUACAAUAAAUUCUACUAAUAAUUUCGAUAUAGACGAUGAGAAAAGUAUAGUUGGGUAUCGAUUGCUUGCUUUAAUUGAUAUGUGGCUACGUCAAGCCUUUCCUGAGCAAAGGAAUGAACUCUUUGGUGGUAGAUCAGUUAUUAAAGUUGGUGAUUUUGGUCAGCUUGCAUCUGUACUUGAUCUUCCAAUGUAUAUUGAUGUUAAGCGAGAUGUAUUGUCUAAUAAUAGACAUUUAGUAUACAAACAAUUUCUAGAGGCAUAUAAGCUUGAUAUCGUUCAACGGCAAUCUGGUGAUUCUGAGGAACAACAGGCUUUUAGAGACAUUCUUUUACGGAUACGUGAUAGAGAGUUGAUAUUAGAUGACUGGAAGAUACUUAAUACACGAUUUGAAGAAAAAUUAACAAAAGCUGACCGUGAUCAGUUUUCAGAUGUUAUAUUCAUCCUGCCAAGAUGGUCUGAUGUAAAUGCUGUAAAUAUAGAUAUGCUUAGAUCAUUAAAUGUCCCUGUUGCCAAAAUUAAUGCUAAACAUACUGGUGAUAUUGAAGCGAAAAGAGCAAACUCAGAUACAGUACACAGUCUUGAAGCGCAACUGUUACUAGCAAGAGAUGCACAAGUUAUGUUGACUGCAAAUAUAUAG